AUGCAUUCGGUACUCGCCUUUCCUGAGAGUUUACUACCCAUCAGAGCUAUAAAAUCUUCUGUUCACGGCUGUAUUUUCGUCUCAGAGGCCAACCACAUUGGCAGUCAGAAAUUUCCUGAGGCUCUAGCAAAGACUAUCCUGCAGUUGCAGAGGCACUGCAUUCUCAAAGGACGCUGCACUCUUUACCCAUUAUCCAUGGUUAAUAGAUCACAUUCCUUGGUAUUUCUUCUGCUAGCGCAUCACUUUUUCAUAACGAUCCAGGGACCUCUUAGACACUUUGUAGAAUCAUUUGCCGAGAGAGACCGACUCUGGGCCGUUGUGGAUAAGCAUUCUAGUUUCCCCACUCGGUUAUUGUGUCUCCUCGAUAUCUUACUCGGUGCAGACUUUAACGCGCACUUCUACAAAUAUUAUACGCUUUGA